UGCUGUUUAUACAGGCAUCGAAAGGACGUGAGGAAAAAGAAAAAGGACAAACAAAGAUGCAGAAUCUACUGUUGCAGAUUUUGAUGGGUCACUUUUUUUUUGUCAUGGGUCAAGUCCAUCAGUACGAGUUUAUUGAUACCACAAAAUCCUGGGAGGAAGCCCAAAAAUACUGUAGAAGUAAUUACACGGAUCUGGCCACAGUGCCUAAUGUGAAGUUUAUGAAGAAACUACAAAACACAAUAAACGGAACAGCCGGAGGUGAAGCCUGGAUUGGGCUGUACAACAAACCACAACCAACGCAGACAUGGAGAUGGUCUCAGCCAGAGAUGGAGAUGGAUGCCGUCCCCUGGGCAACGGAUGAGCCAAAUAAUAAAGAAGGACCAGAAAACUGUGGAUUCAUUUCCGAUAAAGUACUAGUGGGGGACAUAAAAUGUUCUUCAAAACGUAAAUUUGUCUGCUAUGAUGAAAAACAACAAGGCCAUGAUAAAUUUUAUUUCAGUGACAUUGAAGUGAAAUGGGAAGAUGCUCAGAAUGAAUGCAGAAAUAGAUCUAUCAACUCAGAAUUGGUCAGUGGUAACACACAGUUAGACGAAAUCAAGAUUUACCCGGGAAUUAAUUUCACUGAAUCUGAAUCCAAGUAUUGGAUUGGGUUAUUCCAAGACACCUGGAGAUGGUCAGACAACAGUAACUCCUCUUACAGAAACUGGAAAACAUUUUGUGAAAAUGAUAACCCUGAAAAAAAAUGCGAUGAGACAUGUGCUGCAGUGAUUCUGGAAGAAAAAACAGGAAAAUGGACACAAACAGACUGUAGUAAAGCUCAACCUUUCUUCUGCUACAAAGAUAAUACAAUACUGCAAAAGGAUGAAAAGUCUUGGGAUGAAGCCUUUCGCUACUGCAGAAAAAAACAUUCGGACCUGGUCUCCAUUGUCAGCCUUGAAGAUCAGAGCUGGAUUCAGGAAAAGGUCAAGAACGCCAGCACUGAGUACGUAUGGCUGGGACUGCAGUACAGUUGUUCACUUGAUUUGUGGUUUUGGCUCAAUGACAUGAUCAGCGAGGAGGACUUGUUUGAAGAAGGAAGACCGGAAUGUGACACGGUUGUGGCCAUGAGUAAAGAGGGCAAAUACAAGAUGGUCCGAAAAUCUGAAAAUAAAAAAUAUAACUUCAUUUGCUCCCUGAACUACAGCGACACUGGUCAAGGACUAAGUUUUUAUGGUUUGCAGUGUGCCAAAGACGAUGAAGAUGCUGCAUUGAAAUAUCCUUGAAUAUAACACUGUUUUUUCUAUAGAAAUUGCUCAGACAUGCAACAUCCAAAUGUCAAGCAUCACAUAGCAAUUACUGACAGCAGCAAUGUGUCUCUGAAUCCUUUCCAUUUUUCAUUAUUUCAUUUGUGUAGGGAGGAACUGUCUAUACCAGAAAAAGAAAAAUGACACUUUCAAACCCCAAAUCCCACACAGCAAUAGGACUGUACACCAAAGACAAAAUAGCACUAAAUAUUUGGAAUGAAUAAUGAGUGAUAUGAUAUACAGAAAAGCACGACUACUAGCCAAAAGCAAAUUGAUAAUCAGGGUUAACAAUAUGUAAUGUAAUUACAUGGAUGAAAAUUACCUCUAGGAAUAAAUAUAGGGGGUUGGUAAAACUGCAGUAAUCUUUAUUACUUUUGUUUCAAAUUAAGCAUUUGAAAUUUUAACAUACAGCUAAUUUUGUUCUCCAUCCUUUGAUUAACUUGGUUGUCAUGAUUUACUUCGAGCAGCAGAUGUCGCUGGUGAACACACCAUUAAUAAACUCAAUAAAGUGGAAACCAAAGCAAACUUCUCUGUUUCCACCAAACAGCAGCUCUCUUUUCAAUGAUGCAUUUCACUGAAACUUACCGAGGGAUGAUUUCUAAAUAACUAACAUGCUCUAAAUGACUAACUUGCUCUUCCUGACACUUGAGCAUCUGUUGAUCUUGCUACCAACAAUAGACAUUGGCCACCUGACAAAAAUUCAUUUUUUUCAAAUGUUAAACAGCUGCUUGGUGUGCCGCUGACAUUGGUCAUAGGUUGUUCUAGCUUCAGUGCUGGUGUGAUGACUGACCCCUGUGAAGUUGCACCGCUGGAUUAGGGAAAGUUGCCCUGAAGUCACGGUUAAGGUCAUGAUGUUAAGGACAUGGAUCACAUGUUCACAGGCUAAACAGUUAACCGCUUUUUCCAUAUAACAGUGCUUUGUUGAAGUAUAACUUCGAACUAGUUUGUGUUUUUAACUUGGUUAUUUUUUGCAACAUUGCUGUAAAUUAGAAAAUGCGCACUGAAAUUUAAGCUACACCACUGCUAUGAAAUAAUGUGAUAUGAAUUUUCUUUAUUGUUUACUUAAUGCAUGUCACUUUGGUGACUUGUCAGAUGAUAUUCAUGUUAAAUGUUUUGGCUCCACCCUAAUUGGUAUUUGAUUACUUUAUUAAUAAACUGAAAUUAAGAAAGAAGAAAAGCUGGAUAGAUUUUAGAAAGCUACUGAUGCAAAAUGUAGCUUGUAAUGAAUGCCCUGAAACAAUGAUUUGGUAUUGGUAUGAUUUCAGUAAUAUCAAAAUUAAAAUUCAAUUGACCUUGUAGUAUUUGAAGAAUGUGUUAUUUGGACCAUUAUUUAAAAGUAAUUUUACUUAGCUGAUAGAUGUGUAAUUCCUGAUAUCAAAGCAUUGUAUUAAUUGUUGUAAAUACUCUGAAAGAAAGUUGUGAUUUAUUGCUUUUCAUACAUAUUCAAAAGCAAUUCUUGAUGGGUUUUUUUUCUAUUAAACAUUCAAACUCUAGACAAGGAAAACAGUAAAAAUCUGCACUUUGCUAAAUAUAUUUCUGCCAAUUUAAAUGACCUAUCAUGACAUGUAACUUUUUGUCUUUCUUUUUUUUUCUUUACCAUUUCCCUCCUUUCCCCUUACUCUUCAGACAAAAUUGUUAUCUGAGAUUAUGUACACUGAAUGUGCUUUGCAUUGUUGACUGGCUAACAAUCUGUUAAAAAAUUAAUAAAAUCUCAAGAAGGAGGAAAAAAAAUAAGCAUGGAACAUUGACUGUGCUGGUACUGAAAACGUACCGGAUAGGAAGUAAAACACUAGAUCCUGAUGGAAAACCACACAGCCAAUCUUUUUCACAGAAAAAUGCCUGUAAGUGACAUUAGCCUGUAUCCAACAGCUGCAAUAGGAGCUCGUGUUUAUUAACCUGUCUAAUGGCAAGCCUGCAUGUACAGUAGAUGUUGCUGCUUCUUCGUAAAUCAGUUUUCUCCAGUAAUUGCUUGUAUUGAUAUGAGAAAUAUAACCAAAAAAAAAAA